AUGGCCCCGUCCAUUCUGAAUUUCAGAGCCUUGCGUCGCCGGUCGAAGGCCAGCUUCCGGACGGAUCGUUCCAACACCGACAUCUCAAGCGACGCCAGCCAAGGAACCACUCCGACACCAACGAGCGGCGCAUCGACACCACCAUCCAUCUGUCAUACCUCAGAUCCUGCUCUUGAUAUCUCAGAGAAAGACCUCAGUCAACCUCCUGCUCGUCCUCAACUGCAGCCAGUAAACAAUGCUCAUCGACACAGCGUUUCCGGCAUGACCGGGCUUGGUUCUCCAGUUGUUAAUGGUAAAUCCAACUUGCCAAUCUCUCAAUAUGCGCCACGUAUAGCCAACGUUGCCGAGAAUGCCUGGGUCUAUCAAAAAGUGCUUCUUGUCUAUGGCACUAUUGGUGAACCUUCGCAGCACCAUCUCGAUGGCACCCUUUCAGUAACCCGACUCGACGACAGCUUUCCGCCCACUUACUGGCCAGUGAAUGAUUCUCAUUUCAAAGCCCUCGUUUACCUACAACCGGGACCGAACAAGAUUCGAUUCGACUUCUCCAGCCCCAAGCUACCCAAUAGCACCUCCUCGAACCCUAUUCACGCAUCUUAUCUAGUAGUUCAUAUGCUGCCAGCCAUUAAUGCGCCGCCGCUGCAGCUUGCCAUUCUUGUGGCCAAGGAUUCGCCCGAAACGUUUGAUGCCGUUCCGGCUCGAAUCGAGCGGGAAGGUAAUGAUCUAGCCACGGCAGUAUGCAAAUUUCGUAUGGCCGCAUAUAUCUGGCAAGCCUUCACGGCAGAACAGAUGUUACGGAACAAAUUUGGUCGUCGUGUUUUCAGAUUUGAGGAGGAAUGGGUUACUGGAACCUCCAACCACCGCGACCGGGAAAGUGGAACGCUGCGUUCAGAGGCUAGAAUACACAUUAUCAGGUCAGACAAAACUCUUGCGGAGCUCCGUGACCUUGAGUUGGCACAAGGCAAUGAGAGGUCAACCGAGGGAAGAAGUCUAUUUGAUAGUGCCGCCGAAGCUGUCAAGCAGUAUUUCAAACCAGUGGGCGGCCAGAAGCAGUACGUUUCAGUCCUGAUACUGGACACAAAGUGGGAUAAAGAGGCGCAGCUGGUGAGAGGACAUGUAGCGCAGAGUGGAAACGUGGGCGAUUUGCAACUGGCGAUCUUUGGCUCUCACUGCUUGCAGAGUUAUCCCACGACCUUCGAGGAGGUUGUCCCCGCAUUUACGGACUGUACUCCGACUGAUCUCGAAUUUGUCGCUAAUGACUGCAACCAAGCUGGAAGCUCUUGGGAGGCCGCCACUUUUGGCAUUGGCGCCCAUUUACACGAGACAGGACACCUGUUCGGUUGCCCUCAUCAGGAGAAUGGGGUUAUGCUUCGCGACUACCUAACACUAAACCGCAGCUUCAUUACUCGUGAGGCCUUCUGCACAAGGACAAAGUCUAAAGGCGGGCUAGUCCUUCAAAACGACGAGUGUGGCUGGCAUCGAUUGGAUUGCCUGCGCUUUCGCAGCCAUCCCUGCUUCAGGUUACCAAACGAUCCUCCGAUUAGCCACGACGAUAGCGUCCACGCUUUCCCUAUUGAAAAUGGGAAAGUGGUCUUCAUGGCGGCGACCGGUAUCGCCUUCAUUGAAUUGUUCGCAGAUGAUGACGAUGUGUGCCAGACAUGGAUCGAAUAUCUCACAGAAACAGGAUCGGUACAACGCCAAAUGACGCUGACCGAUCAAGACUUGCGCGAUCGACUUCCGGAAAUUAAGCGAAAGGGGCGGUUAAGGGUGUCUAUCAAAUCUUAUGGUGGCGGCAGCUUAGAAAUUGACGACUUCAAAAAGCUGUGUUCCAAGGAAUCCUCCUUCAAGUUGACCCCUGGCCCGCUUGGCAAGACGGCUUACCGAGGGAAGGCACUCGGCCUCUCAGCCCUUGAGGGCAGUGUUGGGCAUGAGGUUGUGUUUGAGAGUGCCGUCAAACAAAACAGGGUUUUGUCUCGUAUAAUUUUCUACCAUGCAAAGGUGGUAAAUGGGAUAGAAUUCGUCUACGAUGAUGACUCUGUCCAACUGUUUGGCAAACGAGGAGACGGGGAAGGCGGCGAUGCCUUCGAUUUUGACAUACGGCGAGGCGAAUACAUUUCGGGCUUCUUUGUCCGUUCGGGAUACUGGAUUGAUGCCAUCCAGGUUCUUACCAGCUUGGGCAGGAGAUCACCCAUCUUUGGUAAUGCUCAUGGGGGUUCCGCACACACUUUGAUACCUCCAAGAGGAUACACUAUUUGUGGUGUGGCCGGUUCAUGCGGUGCAUGGGUCGAUGGGUUCUCCCUCCUCAUUGUCCGGUAG